AAGCAGGUGGGGAGGAGAGACAGAGACUGAGAGGAAGAAAAUAAACUAGCAAGGGAGCGCGGAGCAUGCUUAACCAGACAACAAUAGCGACAACAUCUCAAAAACAGAUUGAGGACAAAACAAUCUUGACAAACAUGGUACGGAAUUUUAAAAUGUAGGGAUAGAAAGGUAAAAAUGUUUGAUAUUUUAGAAAAAAAAUGUAGCCUAGACUUUCGUGGUAAUCUGGGUUGUGUGCAGAGCUGAGAGAAUUUAACAGGUCAACACAACAUCAUAUAGACUCAUAUGGACAGGAUGGGGGUCAGUCGUGCACUGCCCAGCAUACCCAAGGAUUCAUUAAGCGCUGCAAUAGUGGCCAUCAGUGUGAGCACAGAACUUGUGGAGGAGGAACUAAAGCCAUAUUUGGAUGCAGUGCUGAAUGUUGCCAUUGAAAGAAAGAAAGGCAUCGCCCAUCAGGUGGCAGAGAGUGGGAUUCUGCCUGUUCUGGCUCAGAUAUUAAGAAGAAAGAGCACGCUUACCACUCACACAGCCAAACUGGUGGCUGAACUUGCCAGAGAUGCUCCUGUAAGAGAGCAGUGCUUUGAGACAGGCAUUGUGUCUGCCCUUGUGACCUUAUUGCUCAGCCAAGAUCAGGACCUUCUCCUCCACGUUAGCCAGGCCAUCGCCAGAAUCUGCUAUGACAGUAACUUGCAGCAGGAGAGAUUCCUGAGGCUUGGAGUGGUCCCACGACUGGUAUCAGUUCUUCUACAGCACAGUAGAAACGAGGUUCUGCUGAGUUCUUGCUUGCUGGCCCUCUGUAACCUGGCCGACAUGGGUGAGGAGGAUGGCUCUAUGCUCUCCUGGGAGGAAGGAGCAAAUUUCGGUGAGGGGGAGCGCCUGUUCCAUGGCACCUCACGUUACUCUUUCGGUCUAACUUCAGCCGUGACAGUGGUCAGACUGAAACAGUGGACUAACGGCCAGUACUCUGUGACAGUAGAAGUGCUUCAAAGAUGCUCCACAACGCUGUGGGGCACAAACAUCGGCCGGCAGACAGGGCACCGCUUACAGAACUUUCCCCACCUAGGCAGUUGCCCCAAUUUGUAUAAAGUUAUAAAAUGCUCAGUGAAGAACAUUCCAAGGAACCGCAAUCUUAGGGCAGCUAUGUUCCACACCCUCUUGUGAGCCUGAACGUUUAUGGUAAUGCUCUCAGACUAAUGAUAUUAAAGGAAUAGUUCACCCAAAAAUGAAAAUUCUGUCAUUAUUUAAUCACCCUCAUGUUAUGAUGACUUUCUUUCUUCUGCAGAACACAAAAGGUGAUUUUAUGAGGAAUAACCUGGCCACUUUUGCAUAUAAUGGAAGUGAAUGAGGAUUGGGACUGUCAAGCACCAAAAUGAUAAAAAAAAAAAAAGCACAAGAAAAGUGGUCCAUAUGACUUGUGCGCAAUGUUUCAAGUGUUCUGAAGAAUACGAAAUAGCUUUGUGUAAAGAACAGACCAUUAUUCACUGAUAAACUUCCCCUUCCAGUGGGCUGUUCACGGCUUUAACCAAAUAAUUAAGUGGAAAUAAAGACCCAGAGUAGUCAGAUUCGUGAACAAAUUAAACAGACCAGUGUUGUGAACUGAAUAAAUAAUUACAUUUCAGUUUCAGUGUCUCACACAAAGGUAUCGUAUGGCUCCAGAAUACUCAGGAUAUAACUUAAGAGUCAAAUGGACCACUUUAUGGUGCUUUUUUCUCCUUUUAGAAAUUGACAGCCCCAGUGCUCAUUCACUUUCAUUAUAUGGAAAUGAUUAGCCGGGAUAUUCGUCAAAAAUGAACCUUUUGUGCUCCACGGAAAAAAUUUCA